AUGUUCGCCCCCGCGCGCUUCCCGGCGCUGGCGCUCCCCGAGGACGUCGGCGGCAUGCUCCUCGACGACGGCGGCGUCGAGGUCGCGUGCACGCCGCUCCACGCCGUGGCGUCGGUCGCGCGGCACGACGUCGUCGGCGCGCCGCCGCGCGAGCUCUGCGUCUUCGGCGUCGUCGACGCGGUCAAGAUUUUUGACGGCGGCGGCGACGACGAGAGCAGGGCGCGGCUCGUCGUCGACCUGCGGAGCGGCCCGGCGCCGACGGACCGGUGCGAGGCGUGGUUCUUCGGCGGCGCGGCGCUCGGCUGCCGCGGCCUCGCGGCGCCCGGCGUCGCGCUCGUCGCGGCGAAGGCGCGGCUGGGCUGGGCCGACGGCGGCUACGGCGUGGUCAAGUGCUGGGCGCGGGCCGUCGUCGCGGCGGUCGACGACGCGACGCUCGCGGCGGCCGAGGCCGCGGGCCUGGGCCGCAAGCGGCCCGACUGGACGGCGGAGCAGUGCGUCCGCGCGGCGGCGUCGAAGCUCCGGGCCCUGCGCGCGCAGCGCGAGCGGCGCGGCGCGUGGGCGGCCGCGAGCGACGUCGGCGACGACGUGCGCGCGAAGCGCUGCUGGCUCUGCGGCGACGCCUGGGCGCCGACGCGGGGCGGCGGCGACGCGCUCUGCGCGUCGUUCCCGCUCUGCGGCGGGCGGCGCCCGCACGGCGCGCGGAACCCGCGCGCGGGCGCGCGCGCCUUCGGCGUCGAGCUCGUGCCGGGGCUCGAGCGGUUCCGGUUGCGGUGUUUGCCGCGGCCGCGCGGCGAGCCGCGCGAUGCUAUUGAGACGCUGCGCGGCCAGGCGCGGGAGCUGGGCCGGGCGACGGCGAUGGACUGCGGCGGCGACUGGCCGACGUUCCCCGUUCAACGCUUGGUCGAAGUGGAGCGGUUCCUAGACGCGGCGUGGCGGCGGGGCGAGGUGCGGGGCGUGCGCAAGGCGCCGCCGGCCGCGGUCGCCGCGGUCAGGAGCAAGCCUUUACCAAUUACGGACGCCGACGUCGCCGACGCGUUACGGGAUGUGCCCCCGGCGUUACUAGAAACGCUGGCGCCCUUCCAGCGCUACGGCGCGGCCGUCGCGCUGCGCCGGAAGCGCGUUCUACUGGCGGACGAGAUGGGCGCGGGCAAGACGAUGCAGGCGCUCGCGGCGCUGGCCGUCGUGUUGCACCGAGGCGCCUCUGCAUUAAUCGUCUGCCCCGCGGGCUGCCGCGCCAUGUGGGCCCACGAGAUCGAGCGUUGGCUGCCGAGGCUCACGCCGCGCGAUAUCACAAUCGUGCGGUCGUCGCUCGACGCGCCGGCGCCGCCGCCGGCGAAACCGCCCCGGGUCGUGGUCAUCUCGUUCCAGAUGCUCGAACGAUUACGGGAGCUGGACGUGGACGGGCCUUUUACCUUCGACGCGGUCGUCGUCGACGAGGCCCACGCGAUGGGCGUCUCCGUGGGCCGGCCCGAGGUCGAGGCCGAGGCCCCGCGGACGAAGCGCAUCCUGGCGCUGGUGAAGCGGGCGCGGGCCCUCGCUUUAUUAUUAUCAGGGACGCCGACGUUCUCGAAGCCGCUGUCGCUGUUCCCGCUCGUGGACGCGCUGGCGCGGGGCGGCGAGGACGACGGAUUGAAUUGGCUGCCCGCGCGGCGCGUCGCGGAGCGGCGCCUCCAGUUCUGCCGCCACUUCUGCGGCGCGCGGCGCUACUACGGCGGGCGGCGCGGCGCGGCGGCGUACGACGCCACGGCCUUCACGGCGGAGCUGCACGCGAUCCUGGGCGGGCUCUGGAUGCUGCGGCGGCUGAAGCGGGACGUGCUCACGCAGCUGCCGCCGCUGCGCCGCGUCGUUCAUAGAUUAGACGACGCGGCGACGGAGGCGCGCGUCGACGAGGCCCAGGCGAUGACGGCCUUCCACGCGGCGGGGCGCGCGAAAGUGAGGAGCGCCGCCGCCUACGUCGUGCGGCGCCUCGCGCGGGACGACGCGUCCAAGCUCGUCGUCUUCGGCCACCACGUCGACGUGCUGGACGAGCUGUUCCAGGGCAUCGAGGCGGCGCGGGACGCGCCGGGCGCCGACGAGGCCGAGGGCCGGUGGCGGGGCGGCGACGCGGGGCGCAUCGACGGCGCGGCGUCGGGCGAGGACCGCGCGAGGAGCAUCCGGCGGUUCCGCGACGAUAAGGCGGCGCGGGUGCUGGUCGUGUCGGUGACGGCGGGCGGCGUGGGCGUGGACCUGAGUGCGGCGUCGGAGGCGGUCUUCGUCGAGGCCGUCGGGCUCGAGGCGACGUGGCUGCGCCAGGCCGAAGAUAGGCUCCAUCGCCGGGGGCAGACGCGGCGCGUCGUGUGCACGUACCUAUUGGCCGCGCCGGGGUCGUGGGAGGACGCGCGGUGGCCGCGCGUGCACGCGUCGUUACGGGCGACGUCGUCGCUCGUCAACGGCGAGGCGCGGGCGGAGCGCUUCGCCGUGUGCCGCCGGUCGGUGGUGUCGCGGGAGAGCGUGGCGUCGGCGCCCGUCGCGCCGUCGCCACUAAGGACGCCGCCGCCCACGACGCCCACGACGCUGGACGCGUGGCGCUGGACGCUCGACGACGACUCGGACGACGACGACGACGACGACGAUGAUGAAGAGGACGCGAUCUUCUUCGAGGUGUCGCCGCACUCGGGCCGCGUCCACGUCCACGCGGCGGCGGACGGCGCCCGGCCGCUCGCGGCGAACUGCGCGCUCGACGACCUCGAGGUGCCGCGCGCCGUCGCGCGGCGGAGCGGCGUCGCCGCGGCCGCCGCGGCCGCGCUGCGCGCGCUGCCGCGCUGCCUGAACCAGGACGGCGCCCGCUGCCGCGCGGCCUGGCGCUUCGCGCGCGACUGGGCGCGGCUCACGACGCAGCAGCGCGGCUGCCUGCUGGGCGUCUGCGCGCGGUCGCCGCUCGCGGACGCGUGCGCGGCCGUGCACGUGGCGCGCGCGCGCGCGGCGACGGCGCGGGCCGCGCCGUCGACGCGGCGCCACGUGCCCUGGCAGGAGGUCGUGGCCCUCGCCUCGAGCCAGCACCGGUGCCAGACGAUCCUGGUGCGCGUCGAGAACCGGGAGCGGCUGGGCCUGGCGCCGAUCCGCCAGGCCUACGACCCGCAGACGCACCAGGCCAAGUGCCUCGCGUGCCCGACCUUUUACGCGUGCGCGCCGCGGCGGCGGUCGCUCUUCGCGGGGUCGCUGCAGGAGCUGUUCUGCGGCAGGGCGUGCCGCGAGGCCUACGCGUGCCAGACGUCGGCCCAGGGGCUGCGGCGCGUCGUCUUCGCGCGGGACGGCGGCGUCUGCGCGCUGUGCGGCGCCGACGGCCACGCGCUCGUCGAGCGGCUGCGGGCGCUCGCGGCGGCGCCGCACGGGCGGCGCGUCGCGGCGGCGCUGCGGGCGAACGCGGCGUGGGCCGACUUCCCGAGAUGUCUGGACCGCCUGCUGGAGAAGCCGAGCGACGGCCGCGCGUGGGAGGCGGACCACGCGGUCCGCGUCGCCGACGGCGGCGGCGAGGCCCUGGCGGACCGCGUGCAGACGCUCUGCGUGCCGUGCCACAAGGCCAAGACGAAGCAGGAGGCGAAGCGCGCCGCGGCCGAGCGGCGCGCGGCCAAGAAGAAGCCCCGCGUCGCCGCCGGCGACGACGACGACGGCGACUGCCGCCUCGAGUGCGUCCCCGUGAAGACGGCGAAGGAGUUCCUCGCCGCCGUCGCGGAGGAGGAGGACGACGACGACUCCUGGCUCUGA